CGAAAAGCGGCUCUUAGCGACUGCAAGCACCAAGCGACACAAGGCAGGAUGAUUGUAAACACUAAUGUACCCCAGUGCUAUCGCAUUGGCCUGUUAGCUGAUAGCAAAUUAAAUAGAAAGACAGAGUGUGUGCCAGUGUAUCUGAUCAUACGUUGCGUGCAUCACAGCCGUACUCAGGAAGGGGACGUAAAAAGUGGACUUUAAUGAUAAGAGGCGGGGCCCCAAAAUACUGCGCGAACAAAGAUGUCCUGUGAGGUGUCCCCUGCCUCUUUUAACGGACAGCUGUCCUCCACCAUAAAAAGAGAGGUGACCGCGACAUCGCGAGCUGUACUUGACGAAUUUCUGGAUUGUCUGGACCAAGAGCUCACCUGCUUCAUAGCGGCCAGAGACAGACACCGCAGUUCUAUUCAGGAUAAGAGAGCCCAGUCCGAAAAUCGCCUGUCCCUCUUCGUUGAGGAGGCGGUGAGGGCAGCCGUGGAGGCUGUGUUGGCGCAGUUUGCAGACUUUGUCGAUGGAAGAUUUGCGGUUUUCCAGCUGUGCCUUGAAACGUUUGACAUUAAGGAGUUAGACAGCCUCAAGAUGCAACUGGACACGCUCCGCAAAGAUCUCUUUACCGUACGGAGAUACAGGGACUCUGCAGACGGGGUCAUCGCGGACACGGCGUGGAGAGUGGGUCAUUCGGCAGCAGGCACUCAUGAUAAAGAAGAAGAUGAUCUUUCUGGUGAUGAAAGACUAUUAAACUUGAAAGCGAUUCACAUGGAAGAUUCAUUUGGAAGAGAAGAGAACGCCAGGGAUUUCUUCCAGUUAACCACACAACUGUGCUCAUCUGAAGAAGAAUGUUGUGAGCAGAAUUCCAAGCACACCAAAGGAGAUGACCCAAAAGUGGACACCUCCCUUAUUGAGGAGGAUCAUAUACAGCAGGUACUGGUGUGCAUCAAGGAAGAGUGUUGUGUUGAGGACUCGGCUCCCAUUAAAGAGGAGGAUUGUGAUGAGGAUUCUGUCCACAUUAAAGAAGAGAGUUUGGAUCAGAAACCUGUGCCUAUUAAAGGAGAGGACUGGGAAGAAGUGUCCAUUCAGUGUGACAUUUUUGACAGCGAGUUGGAAAGUGCCAGUGCAGAAGAAGAUGAAGAGUCCGUCUUAGAGAAUAGUCUACUUCAUCCUGAACACAGACAAGAUUCACCUCUGCGUAAAUCCCAACAUCAGAGAACAGAGGAAGCUAAAAGUGGGGAAACUAUGACAAAAGUUAUGGAGGAGAAAAACUGUUCCUUGAAAUUUGCUGCACAAGCUGAACAGCUUUCAGACUCUACAGUGGCUCAACAUCACUGCCUUCUGUGUGGCAAAAUGUUCAAACAGAAGGGUCACCUUCAUGAACAUCAGCGAAUUCACACUGGAGAGAAGCCAUACUGCUGCACCGAAUGUGGGAAGCGGUUUAUGAAGAAAAGCCACUUUCGACGGCACCAGAUCAUUCACACAGGCGAGAAACCAUACAGCUGUGCUGACUGUGGUAAGAGGUUUACAAUGAAGACUGGUCUUCAACAGCACCAGAGGACUCACACAGAAGAAAAGCCUUAUAGUUGUACAAAAUGUGGGAAGAAGUUCACGCUGAAAAGCUAUCUUCAGAAGCACAAAGUUACUCACAAUGAAGACAAACCAUACAGCUGUAAUGAAUGUGGAAAGAAAUUCAUACAGAAAAUCUAUCUGCAAGAACAUCAGAGAAUUCAUACCGGGGAGAAGCCACACUGCUGCACGGAAUGUGGCAAGGGAUUUACUUUAAAAAGGAACCUCAAGCGGCAUCUGCAGCAGCAUCCGACAGUUGACACGAGGGAGAAGCCACACUGUUGUGGUGAAUGUGGGAACAGGUUCACACUGAAAAGAAAUCUUAAGAGACACCUUCAACAACACCAGGCAGUUAACACUGGGGAGGAUCCUUACAGCUGCACCGAAUGUGGGAAGACAUUCACCCUGAAAGGUAACCUCCAGCAGCAUCAGAGGAUUCACACCGGAGAGAAGCCCUACUGCUGCAGAGAAUGUGGCGAAAGGUUCACAUGGAAAUCUAGCCUUAUAUCCCACAUCCGGUGCCAUAGUGGAGAAAAUCAGGCCAUGAAAAGGUGAGCUUUGCUUUCCUCCUGACUCUGACACAUCUGUGGAUGGUGGAGCAGCUCCUUUUCAACCUAGACAUGAUACUAUUUCCAGUGCAGCAACAUUGCCACCAAGAAGCAUGCUAGAACUACUCUAGUAUAGAGAAAUGUCUUUCUGGCAGUUCCCCCUGGUGGCACCCAGGUAUUCCAACAGAGCCACCCAUUGAGACUACAGUUCCAAUGCUGCCCAGCAGGUGCACAACUGGAAGCUCCACCAGAUGGAUGCUGCCACCCAGCAUAAAGUGGUUAACACAUGUCUCUGGGAAGUCAUCUUCCACUGUCCUUCCAUUAUGAAAGCUUCCUGGCCAGGUAAGGGACCACCAUCCAUCCCAGCGAGGACGUCAUUCUGACCUUUCCUUCUGUGAAUGUGUAUACUCUGUAUGUGGCUUUUAUAUAUAAAGUAUAGACACACACAGACACUGAAUGUAUCAUUAACAGAUGGUUUGUAAAAUGGAUGGAUAUUGCAAUAAAGUGACCACAUACACAAUGUCACAAAUGAGGACCAUCUGCUUGUGAUACAAAAUUAUAUUAGCCUUGUAUGUCAGUUCACAGCAAAAGUGCUGAUGAUGACUUUUUCAGUGGUGCUGUCAUAAAACUGUGACAAAAAUGAGUGGUAUUCACUUAUUAAAAAUGUAUAGUGUCCUGGGUUCAAAUCUAGCCACCUCUGUCUGUCUGUAUACAUUUUGAACAUUUUUUCUAUGCUUCUGGAAAUUUUCCUCCAAUUGUUCCUAUCAUAUCACAAAAACACACACAUUAGGUUAAUUGGCUAUCCUAAAUUGGACCCAGCAUCCAGUUCCCAGUCAUGGUCAGUGUAGAGAUAGCACGUGUCUGUGUGGAUUUUCCUCCAGGUACCCCAUUUUCUUCCCAUAUCCCUAAUGAUUUGCGUGUUAGGUUAAUUAAUAAUUCUACUCUAAAUUUGCUCUCUGUGGGUAUGAUUAUGUUUAUAGGUGGACCCACUGUAAUUAACUUUGGCCAACCACAAUCAUAAAUUGGAUUGAGCAGGAUAGUGGAUGAUGCAUAAAUUGACUCCAUGUGGUAAUGUGUGUGUGUGCUUGCAGUAAUGCACUGGAGGACUUCAGAGACUGCUUCCUUCCUUCUGUCAGAUGCUUUUGGGAUAGGGGCUAUUGGCCCGCAGGAAUCGUAAAUUAAAUUAAAUGGGUUCCAAGAUGUCACGAAAGCAAAGAUGACAUGGUAGCACAACAGCUUCAGGGACCAGGGUUCAGUUCCCAGUUCAUAUCACAGGGACCAGUGUUGAAUUCCUAGCUCAUAUCACAUACUCUGUGGAGUUUGCACGUUAUCCUCAUGUGUGCAAUAGACUUUGACUCUCACCAUGCUCCAUAAUGGAAUGUGAAUUCAGAAAAUGGACAGAAGGAUGUCCUUGAUUAUGGAUUAAGCUAAUAUAACAAUGUCUCUGAGGUAUAGUGUCUUUGAAAAUAAGGCUAAAUUAGUACAAUAUGUGAGUAUAAUUGUUUUAGGCAUUCUUUCAUUAUUGUCUGAAUUGUUUCUGUAAAAAAUUUGUAACAGGGUGUCCCCUAGAGAAAACAUAUCUUGUGAUAAAGUGGCUAAAAUGAGUUUGAAAUAAAUAAAAUGGUUUGUUUUACAAACAAAACAUGGAAAAUGAAUAAAGAAGGUAAACACGACUACACACUCCUUACCAUUAUCUGCCAAAUAGGAAAGGUCAUGUCUUUGCCUCUUCCUCUUCUAUACAUCUCCACCAAAUCUGUAGCCAUAUACCCUCUGUAACGGUGAGACUUUAAUGCAUGUCAUGCAGGAAUUAACACAUUUUCCAGUCAUCCUAGAAAUACAAUCUCUACAGCAUGUUGAAAUUUGCCCUUGGUUCUCCUCCCAGUAGGCUGCAUUUGGCCAGGGUUGCCAGGUUAGGGGAAUCAUCUCAUUUUUUGAGGAAACUCAUGGGAUGGAAAAAUAGGAGGAAGAGUUUAAUGGGUGGAUUUCCUUGAAAUAAGAGGAUUUUUUAUUUUUGGUAUGUGAAUUUGUUUCUACAGAACUACAAUUCUCCACAUUUUCUCAACCCCCAACUGCAGCAACAACCAACAUACUUAAUAGCCACCUGUCAUUGCUCUGUCCACUCAUCUCAUAGAUUAUGUACAGUAUAACUGGUUAGGGUUUGGAGUGGGAGAGGGAUGCUUCUGCUCCCCUAGCUGUACCCAUCUUAUUAAUUUUUUCUGACUUUACUAAUGAGUCAAAAUUCCAACUAAGCACAAAUGCAAAUCUAGGGCUGGUAUUACCCUGCUGAGUUCUGUGAGGUUGUGGGCUUAGCUUCUUAAUAUAUUUCAGUAAAACAAUUACCCUUUGUAAUGGUAACUUACAAAGUAUCAAGCUACAUGCAGAAAUUUAGUAGUAAAUGGAGUAUAGAGUUUAUAUGUAGUGUCUUUAUUAUUUAAAUGAUUAUAUUUUCAUUUCUAUUUUUUGGCUUGUAAUUGAAACCAUCAUUACAUAUUAUAUUUUGGGAAAAACACUAUGUUGAGUUGUUUAAUUUUAAAAUGAAACUGCUCAUAUCAGAGAAUAAAACACUGCCCUUAUGCUUAGAAUUGAGUUCACAUGUUAUGAUUUAUGUUCAGUGAGUUUUUAAAGGUUAAUAUCAUUAAACAAAUACAUUCACUGGGUUUUCUCAUUACCAUGAUUGUUUAUUAAAUCAAAUACAGUAUUUUAACCUGGUUUGGAUAACAAAA